UACCGCAGCAACUGGAACUGGAGUCAGAUAACGGCCGUGGUUACCACCGUGUUAAACGUCUGUCGAUGCAUGUCAGCGUACAGGGUUGAGUGAGGUGAAAUUAUUCGACGUGUUUUCUUCCUUUCUUCAAUACCAAAUCGAAUGUAUCGCGCACAAGCCGCCAAGUUGUUAAAUCGUGUACAAAUGUCAUUCCGGUUCCUGUAUGUGACGGUGCUCCGUGUUUUCCCGCCACUCGGCUCGGCUCACAGGGAGCAGUGAGGAAAACAAACAGGUCGAGCCGCGGUGGAGGAUUGGUAGCCGGUUGGAUGUGGAGGUUGUCAGGCGGGGAAUGAAUCGUUUUCGUGUUGUGAGCUGUUAGUCCGGUGCUUAUUCAAACUUCUCCCGACGUUUUUGAGUCCGGUGCUUUUUUUUGGAGUUCUCUCCUCCCGAGUAUGUUGUCGCUUUCUAACAUUUUAUCGGGGCUGUUGGAGCAGGUAGUCUACCCGCUGCGGUUUUCUGUUUUUCUCGACGUUGUUUACCCGGUUAUAACUCGACGUUUAAUGGUCUAAAAUUCACCGGUUCGCCGGUUUUUACAUUCAGUGAGACAGCUAUAGACAUGCAAACGAGGCGUUUAGUGAAGCGGUCGAUCCUCGGCAGCCGCAUUUAUGCGCCGAGUCCGACAGGGGACGGUGCCCCGGUGUCAGGGGUGGUCCAGGCGGUGAAGCAGGAAAACAGAGACGUGUCCUCGGCCGCAGAAGCCCGGCGCAGCGUCUACACGGUGCUCAUGCAGGACGGGAGCCUCAAGGAGUUCACCGAGGAAGAAAUAGCCGCUGGGUUCAACCACAAUGCAGUCAAAGGACCGCUCAAAUCCAGCUUGAAGAGCUUCAGUAACGGAGCUCCAGAGAGCCAGAAGGUGGAAGGCGGCUCCCUCAGCCCAGAGGCAGCAGAGGAGCUUCGGUUGGCAGACGGAAAGCGCACCAGCAGGGACCCUGACACCCGAUCAGUGUCACUGCUGGAGCAGAAACGCAAAGUGGUCUCCUCCAGCAUCGAUGUCCCUCACGCCAGACGCUCGGAGGAGGAAGUGGACAUGGACAAGGUGACGGCUGCCAUGGUGCUAACAAGUCUCUCCACCAGCCCGCUGGUCAGGAGUCCACCUGUCAAAGUCAACGAGAGCGGUUCGUGGAAGGACAACGGCUCUGCUGGCCCCUUCACACCCUCCAGCAACAGCUCCUCUGGGGGCUACUGGAGCUGGUCUGCCCCCAGUGACCAGUCCAACCCUUCUACACCCUCUCCACCCCUCUCCGCUGACAGCUUCAAGCCCUUCCGUGUGCCCAGUCUAGGGGGUGUGGGUCCUGGCCCCGCAGGACCUGAAGACCCCAGCCUGGAAGAUCAAGAUGGCAGCAGCCUGCUCUUUGAUGAGCCCAUCCCUCGCAAGCGCAAGAACUCCAUGAAGGUGAUGUUCAAGUGCCUGUGGAAGAACUGUGGCAAGGUGUUGAGUACGGCUGCUGGCAUUCAGAGACACAUCCGCACCAUCCACCUGGGGCGUAACUGUGACUCAGACUGUAGCGACGGCGAGGAGGACUUCUACUACACAGAGAUCAAGCUCAACACAGACUCAGUGGCCGAUGGGCUGAGCAGCCUGUCCCCCGUGUCCCCGUCCCUCCUCUCUGCCCCUCCUCCUCCCCCCUCCCCUCUCCCGUCUCUCAACCAGCUGGCCGACUCCAACAGAUCUCCGCAGUCCUCCGACACCAAGGAGCCUCACGCUGGUGGCAGCACCCCGCUCAGCCGUUCUGCGCCCAGCGCUCUCUACCUCAUCCACACGGACCACGCCUACCAGGCCACGGCUCCGGUGUCAAUCCCGUCAAACGGCAGUAACUCGACCAGCUCGGCCUCCACCAGCUUCACUCCCACCAACAGCUCCAGCUUCAGCAUCUCCUGGCAGUCUCCGCCCGUCACCUUCACCGGAAGCACAAUGUCUCCCAGUAAAAGCCAGGGCUUCGGUGAGCAGCGCUCUCAGACCAUCUCUGUCCUCUCGUCUCCUCCCAGAGCCACCACCGCCCUCAGUCGGAAGGUGCGUGGUGAAGGGAAGAAGUGCCGAAAGGUGUAUGGCAUGGAGAACCGAGACAUGUGGUGCACCGCCUGCCGCUGGAAAAAGGCCUGUCAGAGAUUCACCGACUGAGCGUUCUCCAGUUAUGACAAGGCGCUCUACGCCCACAGCCGUUUCACCACAAAGCAGGGAGGGGCAUCGUUUUGCAUGCAUUUGGUUUUUCUUCAAAAUCGCAACUGUCCGUCAAGCUCCAGCUCCGCCCCCUGUGGAUGCCCCUCCUCCUCAGCUCCACUGAACCAUUCCAGCAGUGGGAGGAACCGAGGGACAGUCAACUUUUACAGUGCUGUCCAGGAUUUCCCACUACUGCCUCGCCAUUCCCAUCGUUUCCAGCUUUGGGAAAACUUAGUGCAGCUAUACAGUAUAAAGAAAAAAAAAGAUCUAAAGAUUUCUCCUGUUUUUUUUAUGUUGAGUUCAGUGUUGCAUCUUUCUAUGUUUUGUAAAGCUCUGGUUUUAAGUAGAAAGUCAAAGAAGGGGUCCAGAUAAAAAAGGCCAAAAGCCUUUUUUUUUUUGUUGUUUUAUUAAAAGAAAAGAAAAAUGGACCCAAAAGAAGAAUGGGCUUCUUGCACCUCCUGCAGUUUUUGAACAAUAUUGUAAAAAAAAAAAAGAAAAAAAAAAGCAUAGCGGUCAAAGUUCCAGUUUUUGUUCUUCCUUCAGCUCAAUCAUCAUCUCUUUCAUUUCUGGACUAUUUCAGGUGAUCUAUUAUCACCGACAUCACAAAGCCUCACCUGGUUCCUCGUCUGCUCCUCGCUCCUGACAGCCUGAGGAAAGAACAGAAGUGAUUCUAAGAAAGAGAGGGAGGAAUAGAGACACACACGGUGGACCGGUCAAUGCAAAAAAAAUACACACUUUACAGUCAGGGAUAGCAGCCGCACCAUGCCACAUUUACAUACCACAUGAGAAGCAAACACAGGUAUGGCCACACAAUCAAAGCAGGAGACAGAAACUGUUUUCUAUCUCACUUUUUGUAUCCAGUUAGCUUCAUUUUCUUUCUUUUAUCAGGGAUGUGAUUCAACAGAAAGCAAAAACCAGCAGCUCAAACUGUACACGGCACUAACUCAACACUUUCUCUCUUUCAUUACACAUGACAACUUUGCAACCAAAAACUCCUUUAUCGAGUUCUUUAUGUUUUUGGUUUUUGUUAAAGUGCCACUGUUGUUGAUUUUUAUUUUCCCUCUCUUCUUUUUUUUUGGCAAAGCCAAGACUGUUUACAUACCACCUGCUCCAGACUACAGUGUGUUCAAAACGUUCCUGACAGCGCUGGAAGAAUAAAGUCAGCAGCGUGCAAGGCCAUAAAAAAAGAGAAACAUGUUUCACCACAAACAGAGAGAGAGACAUGCUGCCCUCCUUCUCAACCAACUUUGACACCUUUCAAAGGGAACAAAGUAUCUUUGUGUUUACGUUUGCCACAAAGGAGGAGGGCUAAAAACCAAAAGUGAGGCACUUGUACUGUAUAUGAGUAAUGGAGCACUUAACACUUGUGGUUACUUCAAGAGUAAAAA